AUGUCCCGGCGCAAGCAGGCCAAACCGAGAGCCCUGAAACAUGAAGGUGACGAUGAGAACGCUGCCGAGGAUGAUGGUGGUGCCGCCGCUGAGUGUGAAGUGAAAAGUGCCAUGGACACAUCGGACGACGAAGACGCCGAUCGUUGCCAACCGGACGAAGAAGAAGACGACGAGCGGAGUGGUGACGAGUUCGUGUUAGACGAGGCCAGCAGAACCAGUGGUCGCGACGACAGUGUGAACGAUCGUGGUGUGAUGAGUGAAAGUGACCGAAAGAAGGAAGCCGUGGUUGGUCCGUGCGCGAUGGCUUCAAGUGCGGAAACGAAUGGUCAACCGGAGCCACCAGGACCGACAGACAACGAAGUUGGAGAGUCGCACUGUCCGGGUCCGACCGCGAGGUUGGAAUAUGCUGACGGACCUGACGGUGUCGACGGCAUCAAAAGCGAAGGGCGGUUCGAGCGAGACUCGAUACACUCGGGAGAGUUUGCAGACGAUGCGGAGGAUGGCGGUGAAGACGACGAGUCCGACGAUGAUGAAGAUUUGGAUGACGAGGACAUCGAUGAUGAGAUGGACGAUGAGGAGCUACUGACGGCCGGUCCGGACGACGACGACGACGAGCUGACGUCGGAUAGCUUCUGUUCCGUUGGACAACCCAUCCAUCAGAAUCUGCUCCACAUCGUUCCUGGAUAUUCCGGUCCAUCGACGCCUGCGGCCACGUGGUUAAGAUAA